AUGGCUGAAGUAGAAUCUGAUUCAACCAUAGAAUCAAUUUCUAGCUCAAACACUGCUGAAAAAGCAGAUAAUGUAAUUAUAGAAGACAACAUCAAUGAAGAAAGAGAUACUGAAAAAAGAGAUGAAGAUGCUGCUAUAAUAGAUUAUUUCAAAUAUGACAAGGAUGAAAACAUAAGUAGAUGUUUUGUAGGUUAUACUGUGUUGAACUAUAAUGACGGAUUUUUUUUAUACAAAGCUCAUUCAAGGUCACUUGGUUUCAGUGUCAGAAAAUCAACAAAAAGAAGAGAUACCAAUGAUAAACUAUAUGAAUUUUAUUUUAGAUGCUCUAAAGAAGGACAUACAAAGGGUAAAAUGAAGAUAGCUGGUGAACAACAAUCAGUAGAAAUACCCAUAUUGGUUAAAACUGAUGAAAGAAAGAGAAAAGAAAGGGAGGUAAAUGAAACCAGAACUGGAUGCAAAGCUCAUAUUCGUUUUAAGAAAAAUACAGAAGGUAGAUUUGCUGUUCUUACACAUGAGUUGGAACAUAAUCAUGAACUGGUAAUAACAGUUCAAAGACAUCACUUAAGAUCAGAAAGGCAAAUAGCAGCUCCAAUGGGUGAGCUAAUUGAGAGCAUGAUUGAGAGUGGUAUUAAACCAAUGGAUGCUUAUAAUUAUAUAAGCAAUGAAGCUGGAGGAGAAGAAUGUGUAGGUCAUACUAAGAGAGAUCACCUUAAUUAUGUAUUAGGGGUGAAAAUGAAUAUGGUUGAAGGUGGAGAUAUGCAAAAUGUAUUAGACACCCUUCAAGAAAGAGCAGAUCAAGAUCCCUCAUUCUUUUAUAGAUUGAAAUUUGGAGAAGAAAAUAAUUUUGUGAGCUAUUUUUGGCGUGACUCUCAAAUGCUUGAAGAUUUCAAAGCUUAUGGUGAUGUUUUAAUCUUCGAUACAACAUAUAGAACAAACAAAUAUGGGUUGAUAUGUGCUCCAUUUGUUGGUAUAAACAAUUACUGGAAAACAACAAUGUUUGGAUGUGCAUUCAUAACUGAUGAAAAGACUGAUACAUUUGUUUGGCUGCUUUCAAUCUUCAAAAAGUCAAUGUGUGGAAUUGAACCAAAAUCAAUCUUCACUGAUCAAGAUCUUGCAAUGAGCAACGCCAUACCAGAGGUGUAUCCAAAUUCAAGACAUAGAUUGUGUCUAUGGCAUUUACAAAAGAAUUUUGUAUCACACUUUGGAACUUUAAAAAACAACCCUGAAUUCAAGAAUAUGUUUCACAAGUGCUUAAGCGGCUGUGAUUCAGAAUCAGAAUUCGAAGAUGUCUGGAAUAAGAUGGUUCAAAAACAUGGAUUAGAAAAAAAAGAGUGCAUACAUGCUAUACUAGAUAGAUACAUUCUGAAACGUUGGACAAAGCUUGCUAAAUCAAUGAUAUGGGAUGAGAAUGAAUCAGGAAGUGGUUGA